AUGCCGUUCAGGAGUCUACAUCUGACUGAGGAGACACUUGUUCAGCCAUAUUCACUGCAGCUCUACUCACAAGAACAAGGAAAUGCAGUCAGCCUAGAUGUCCAUAAUUUUACUCAGUCGUAUAGAAAACUGAAAAUUUCAGGAAAACUAACAGAACUGAAAAAUAUUGAGGAAUCUUUGACUUCGGUUCCUGAGGCGCCAAGCUGCCAGACAGUCGCCCACGCUCUGGGGUCAGCUGACGCCGGCUCCACCUGCGCCGGGUGUCGCACGCUCCUUGGGGUUUUCCGCCUCUCCACUCAUCCACUUCGAGGCUCGGAGAUCCUCCACCGUACUUGCUCAAUCGCGGCCCGGGAGACCACGCUUGCUCUCAGAGGUCCCCAACCGGAAACGCGCUCUGCUCCCGCCCCCGCCGGCGGAUCCGGAAGUGGGGGUCGGCAGCGGCGCACCGCCCUCCGCGGGGGCCCCCCGGGCACGAUGCUUCGCGCCUCGAUAGCGCCCGCCGCGGUCCUGGCUGCCGCGCUGCUCUCGUCAUUCGCGCGCUGCUCUCUCCCGAGGCGCGGCGACCCGGUGGCUUCGGUGCUCAGCCCCUACUUCGGCACCAAGACUCGCUACGAAGAUGUCAACCCCUGGUUGCUGGUCGACCCGCAGGCGCCACGGCGUGACCCGGAGCUGCUGGCGGGGACGUGCACCCCGGUGCAGCUGGUCGCCCUCAUCCGUCACGGCACCCGCUACCCUACGACCAAACAGAUCCGCAAGCUGAGGCAGCUGCAGGAAUUGUUGGAGACCCGCGAGUCCGCGGACGGCGGGAGCCGAGUGGCCGCCGCGCUGGCCGAGCGGCCGCUCUGGUAUGAGGACUGGAUGGACGGGCAGCUGGUGGAGAAGGGGCGGCAGGACAUGCGACAGCUGGCACUGCGCCUGGCCGCCCUCUUCCCAGACCUCUUCAGCCGGGAGAACUACGGCCGCCUGCAGCUGAUCACCAGCUCCAAGCAUCGCUGUGUGGACAGCAGCGCUGCCUUCCUCCAAGGGUUGUGGCAGCACUACAACCCAGGACUGCCACCGCCCGACGUCUCAGAUAUGGAGUGUGACCCUCCAAGAAUUAAUGAUAAACUAAUGAGGUUCUUUGAUCAUUGUGAGAAGUUUUUAACUGAUGUGGAAAGAAAUGCUACAGCCCUUUAUCAUGUGGAAGCCUUCAAAACUGGACCUGAAAUGCAGAAGAUUUUAAAGAAAGUUGCAGCUAUUUUGCAGGUGCCGGUAAACAGUUUAAAUGCAGACUUACUCCAGGUAGCUUUUUUUACCUGUUCAUUUGACCUGGCAAUUAAAGGUGUCCAUUCUCCCUGGUGUGAUGUGUUUGACGUAGAUGAUGCAAAGGUACUGGAGUACUUAAACGAUCUGAAACAGUAUUGGAAACGAAGUUAUGGCUACACCAUUAACAGCCGCUCCAGCUGCAGCCUGUUUCAGGAUAUUUUUCUACACCUGGACAAAGCAGUUGAGCAGAAGCAAAGGUCUCAGCCAGUUUCUUCUCCAGUCAUCCUCCAAUUUGGUCAUGCAGAGACUCUCUUGCCGCUGCUCUCGCUCAUGGGCUACUUCAAAGACAAGGAGCCACUGACGGCUUAUAACUUUGAGGAGCAAGUCCAUCGCAAGUUCCGAAGUGGUCACAUCGUCCCUUAUGCCUCCAACCUAAUAUUUGUGCUUUACCAUUGUGAAAAUGCAAAGACCCCUCAAGAAGAAUUCCAAGUCCAGUUGCUGCUGAAUGAAAAGGUGUUGCCCUUGGCUUACUCGGAGGAAACCGUGGCUUUGUAUGAGGAUCUGAAGAACCACUACAGGGACAUUCUUCAGAGCUGUCAGACCAGCAAAGAGUGUAACCUCCCGAAGGUGAACAUCACGUCCGAUGAGCUCUGAGCAGCUGAGAUAGUAUCAGCUCAGCAGUGCUUUGCUGAGGGAUGAUUGUGCUUGCAAUAGGUAAUCACUCGAGAUGCAGCAGCUACAGGCUCCCUGUGAGUUCCAGGCCGGCCAACACCAAACAGAGAAAUAGAGCUUUCGGAUUGCUUGGUCCUUCUGCUUUUCACAGAAAAUAAUAGGUUCUCGUAGGAUCUGGGCAUACGGGUAAAACAUGACUCUGGCUGGGGCAUCUCUGUUCAGGACAAAAACCAACUGAAGGAAACAGCUGUCCCUGCGAGUGUUUGCAGAGCUGAAAUUGUCCUAACUACCUAAGAAACUACUGAGGUAGAACGUUAUUAGAGAGUGACACUUCAAAACUGUUGGAUACCAAAGCACAGUGGCAGUCGGAUGGUUGGCAAUUGAUUGAUUGGAGAAUUGUGAUCAUGUUGAUUUCUUUCCUUCUGCUUCAUGUGGGGCUCUACUAGCAUAAAUGACGUCACUAGUCAUACAUGUGGUGAAGUGAAUAUUAUAUUAGACUUCAGAAGAAAGUCUAAUAUAAUAUGCAUCUGACACGAUAUCAAGAACCAGGCUGAAACAAAACUGAAAGUGUGAGAUAUUUUUGUUAAUAGUAUUUAUAAAAAUAUUUAAACACUUUGCCAAUAAUUUUCUUUAACCUCAAAGUAGGUCUUGC